CCGAAGUUCUAAUUGGGAUGCCGGCAUUAGUUUUUACAUUUACAAAUUGCAAAGUUUAUUGAGUUAAGUUUCUGGUGCUGCAAUUGUUUUGGUCCAAUUAUCGCUUUUCUGAUUCAAAUAAAUUUUAAUUUAAAAUGAAAGUAGAAAUAGAUGCAAUAACAAAAUUAACUUUUCAAAAAUGUGGAGAAAUUAAAACAUCACCGGCACCAAAUGAUGAUUUUUAUUUGAUAUGCGGAUUCUGCGAAAAUAUAUAUUUGCAAUUGAACACAUUUGUGUCGCACAUAAACAGCAAACAUAAACAUUUACUUAAAAAGGGUAACUCUUUUCAUCAAUCAAAUGAAAUCGGAGAUCCUUUGGAAACAAAUACCACAGUUGGUGAUAUCAGGGAAGAAAGUGAAGAACAAGUUGAAUUACAAACUUACACAAGCUCUGAUAAUGAAGGAAGCGAAAAAGAUGUGGAAUUUGUUGACAAUUGUGGUGAUGUGGACGAGGUGUGCGAUAAAGCCUUCACGUUAGCACUCAUUGCAGAAUAUGAGAGCCAUCGAUUGUUAUGGGAUCUUGAAGAUCCACAAGCGAGGAAUCGGAAACAGCGCGAAGAAGCUUAUAAAGAAAUUACUACCAAUGUGAACAAAGUUUGUAACACAAAUUUGAAUUGGAAAACCACAAUUGGACAUAUACGGAAAAUACGCUGUAAAUUUCGCAGUGAAAUGCUGAAUGAAAAGUUAACUGAAUCCAAAAGAAAAAAAUAUGAGCGCCCUUGGUAUUAUGAGCAGUUAUCAUUCCUCCACGCUGCAAUCAAAUACAAUAACCGGAGAAAAAGGGGAGCCAAAGUUCUUGAUAAUGAGAAACCGGCGCUACCAUUUACUGAUCUAACGGAUACACAGAAUAUAGAUAUAAUAAAUAUUUAUAAAGAUUUUCCAUGCCUUUGGGAUGCACAGCAUAUUGGAUAUAGAUUUAAGAAUCGACGACAGGAAGCAAUUACUAACAUGCAAGCCGCUAUCAAAGCAAAUACUGGUUUAAGUUUUACGAAAGAUGAAUUACAGAAAAGAAUCUAUCAGAUACGCUACGCCUGCACGCAAGAAAAACAUCGUAAAUUACAAUGCAAUCGUUUUAAAAAGCCGUUCCAACCUAAUUGUAAGUACUAUAAUGAAAUUAGUUUCUUGGAAGAUAAUGUAGGACCAUUUAAGUGCUCUGAGUGCGAAGAAAUAUUAAAUGGUAUUGACCGAUACCGGAUACAUAUGUCUACGCAUAAUGGUUCCAUGCCGUUCAAGUGUCAUUUAUGUGAUCGCGGAUUUAUGAAGGUGGGUAAUUGUACGGUCCACAUGCGACGUCAUACUCGUGAAUACGAGUUUGAAUGUAAAGUUUGUAAAAAAAAAUUUGCUACAUCUACCGACUUGAAUGUUCAUAUGCGUAAUCAUACAGGAGAGAAACCAUACUUUUGCGAUGUGUGUGGCCAGUCUUUCCGGACAUGGACUAUUUUCGACACACAUAUGCGCCGUCAUCAGAAAAGACCAAACUACAAGUGCAAUAUAUGUUUAAAGUCUUUUUAUGAAAAUGGGAAAUUAAAUGAACACAUGAAAGCUCAUCUGAAUGUGCGAGAUAAAAUAUGUAAUGUUUGUGGAAAAGCGUUCACUGCAGCUAAGUAUCUGCUACAGCAUAAGCAAAUUCAUGCGGAGAAAAAGAAAUACAUUUGCAAGAUAUGUGGAAAAAACUUUGCUCAGUACGCCGGCCUCAGUGGACAUAUGAAAUCUCAUGGCACAACCCUAAUAAAUACAAAUGGUAACUGGAAUUUAGGGACUGAGGAUCAUCAUCUGGAGGAAGAAGUAGGAGAACCGCUAAAUGAGCAACUCGUUUUAGAAAAUAUAGAGGUAGGAGACGAGAAUUUUGCCGAAGAACAAAAUAUAGCUGAGGUACAGGUGCAGCGUUAUUACACUGGCUAUGGUAUUUACCAAAAAUUACUGUGUAAGCUAAAAUGCGACAAAUGCGCCCACAUUAUGAUGAAAACACAAGGAGACUUAAAAUUGCAUUCCGAAGCCCUGAUAAGGUCUAAAAAUUUCACGGAUGACACCGAUUUGAGACUGGUGAAUCCUGAAGACAGGGCAUUGAAAUAUUAUUAUGACAAAUGCAAUAUAUUUAAAUCUAUAUCUGCAUAUAACUUUACAAAUAUGACGGAUUCCUUGCACAAAUGUGGUGAUGUGAUGAGAGCAGGAGAACGAGAUUAUUCCCUCAGCUGUGUUUACUGCGGUGACAUGUUUUCAACAUUAGAAAAGUUUGCAGAUCAUGUAGAAGACGAACAUUUAUCGAGAGGCAGUAAUCAGGAAUAUUUAGAACUUAAGAUUAUUGAAGAGCUAUCCGAUGACACGGAGGAGGCUAAGCCCGAAGAGAGAAAUGUGUUCAUUAAUAUAGAAGUCCUUGAUGAUAUAGAAGAAAUCGAGGAAGUUAAUGAAACCGGAGAAGAGAAAACAGAAUUAAGAGGAAAUGGAAUGGAGUUGGAAUGCGAUGAAAAUGAAGAAUAUUUGUAUGCUUCAACAGUGGAUGAUGAAGGCGGAUAUGAAGAAACUGAAUUAGAUUUGAGUGAUACAAAUGAAGAAUCGUCGAGUGACCCAUUGAAAAUGUUUGACAAGGAUACAAUAGCAACAAUAUUUUCACAUUUCGAGAAUCAUUCUAUAUUUUGGGACAGAGAUGACCCAACAUCUAAAAACCUUGCUUUACGUUCCAUUGCAUACAAAAGCAUUGCAUCCGAUGUAGGGAAGCUAGACCAAUGGAAAAAAGUGAGAGAUGUGGUUCGUAAGCUUAACCACAGACUUCGCCAGGAACUCGAUAGAAAAAGAAAUUACCUGUCACUAGGCAUGAGUUAUACACCACUGUGGAUAGAAGACAUGGACACCUUUCUUCAAAUUAAAAAGGAGAGUAAGAAAUACGAUGCGCCUAAAACCGUACUCUCGGAUUCCCAAUGCAGCGCAUUUAUAAAAAUUUAUAAAAGCUUAACGUGCCUUUGGAAUGAUGUCCACAUUGAUUACCGACUACCAAACAAACGACAAGAGGCACUGAUUGAAUUUGAAAGAUUGCUUAGGAAUUUGGGCAUUUCUCUAACACAGUCACAAAUAGAACAAGAAAUCGCACGGAUACGCAAAAUUUGUUGGCAAGAGAAAAAACGGAAACUUAAAUGUGAGGAAAUGAAAACUUCAUACGUACCCGAGUAUGCUUACUAUGACCAAAUCAAAUUCCUUGAAACAGAUGUUGGUCCAUUUAGAUGUGGGAAAUGCAAAGAGAUACUCCCUGGACUUAAUACAUUUAAAGUGCAUAAAUCAAAACAUGAUGGUAUUAAACCUUUCACAUGUCCUCUAUGUGGUAACGGUUUUACGACUGUGCAUAAUUUGAAUAUUCAUAUAAAUCGGCAUACAGGGGAUUACAAAUACAUAUGCAAAUAUUGUGAGAAAGGUUUUCCGGCCCUGUCAGAACAGAUCAUCCAUGAGCGCAGUCAUACAGGCGAAAGGCCUUACUUUUGUGAUCAAUGUGGAAAAACAUUUCGUGCUUGGGCAUAUUACGAUUCACAUAUUCGACGACAUCAAAAUCGACCUGGAUAUGAAUGUAGUGUAUGCUUCAAGAAGUUCUUUGGAGCAUAUCAGUUAAAUGAGCACAUGAGGGUGCACCGAAAGGAACGGGAUCAGGUGUGCAAUGUUUGUGGAAAGGGAUUUAAAAUGGCAAAAUACCUGCGACAACAUAAACAAAUUCAUUCAGUGAAAAAAAAAUAUAUGUGUAAAAUUUGCGAUAAGGCGUUUGCUCAAUAUGCUGGUCUUAGUGGGCAUAUGAAAUCUCAUGGCACUACACUUGUAGGCAAUAAUAACAGAAUAAACACAACUGCCGAUGAUAAACAAGACUGAUAGAGUACAAGAUUACGUUCUACUGGUGCAGUAAUGUGAGAACCCGAAGAUUACACAAGUAAAAUCACUGCGUGUAUGACGUCACAUUGGUGCAAUUGUGACAACGGGAUAGUGGUAUGAGUUGUAUUCAGCAUAUCAUGGAU